CAUUGGGCCGUUUCCUCACUGAUAUGUGUCUCUUCACACUUCCGUAAUUUUACUCUCUCAAGUGAAUGUGAAUGAUAUUAGAUGGAGAUGACUGACAAUGUUAUUUAUUCUGCGUUACAGUUGUCUACUGAACCUCAAGCCCAGAAUGACUACAGACCAGAGCAAAAAGUUUCUUCUUCCAGGUUCCCUCUCUCAUGCCCUGUGGCAGUAGCUUUGGGACUUCUGAAUACCAUUUUUGUGUGUUUCCUGCUUGUCCAGUGGAUUCACUGCCAGGGUUCCAAAUGUACCUCUUGUGCCAGUUGUCACAGUUGUCCAGACCUCUGGAUGAAGUAUGGUAACUACUGUUAUUACUUCUCAGUGGAGAAAAAAGACUGGAAUUCUAGUCUGGAAUUCUGCCUAGCUGAAGACUCACAUCUCCUUAUGUUCACAGACAACCAGGAAAUGAGACUGCUUCAACAUUUCCUCAAAAAGGACUUUUACUGGAUUGGUCUGAGGAACAAUUUUGGCUGGAGGUGGGAAGAUGGAUCAGCCCUAAACAUCUCAAGGAUUCUUUCAAACAGCUUGAUACAGAAGUGUGGUACCAUCAGCAAAGAUGGUCUCCAAGCCUCUAGCUGUGAAGUUCUUUUACAGUGGGUCUGUAAGAAGGUCAGACUUUGAGGGGUCAGAUCUGGCAUACGGCUUCCUAGUAUGAAGGAGCAGGCCUCUGGCUGUUGGGAUGGACAUGAAUGUGUGAAUACUGAACCUUCUAGGACAUGGCAUGCGAUGCAAGACUCUGGACUCUCUUUGAGAACAUUUAGAUAUUAUCUUAACAAUUUAAAGAUCAGGUCUAGGAACAUUUGGGAAAUAAAAAUUUUUUGUAGUACUUCUCACUCUAGGGACUGAGGCUGCCUCCUUCAUCCCCAUUCCCACCAUCUCUGUUAAAAAAUGUACCUUUCCUCUAUGUUAUGAUCCGAACUGAUCUGAUGAAAUCCGUGCAGGUAUAUACUAUUGCUCAUGUGUUACAGGGGUUGGGUGUGUGUUAGUGGGUUGGCAUGUUACUUAUUCCUCAUAAUAUAUUGUUAUCCUAACGGUGGCCCUUCACAGAUAAAGCUGUAUUCUAAAGGGUAAUGCAAACAGUGAGAAUGUAAGUUGUAGUAAGUGGAUGAGAACAGGGUAGUGCCUUCUGCUUCUCAGCUCUUCACUUAGAGACCUGGCCUUGGCUGAAUUUAAUUUUUCUGGGUGUGCACAGACGUGGUUGAAUAAACUGAUAUAUGAUCAUA